AGAGAUCUAGUACUACGUUGACAAAAUCCUACUAAGUAGAUCUAGACUUCUACUCUAGAGAUCUAGACUAGACUUGGACUCGAUAUCUAAAUCUAGAUUCUAGAUGUAAUAAAAGUAGAGUCUAUAGAUUUUACUUCCUAAGACUAAUUCACUAAAAAUGUCGUGGAUACUGGUAUAAAAAUGCAGAAGUCUGUGUGGGAAUUAACCAGUGAAUGGUGGAAUGAAGUGAGGUUAAAGGUCAACCAUGGUGUUGUGUAUAUGGACUCCAGCAUGGCGGAGCUACUUCACUGGAGUGGUGGUGUGGAUAUUUUACUUUCUUCAGGUGCCGUUGAUGUGCGAGAAUUUUCUUCCUUUGAGAGUGCACAAGGGUCUCAGAAGAAAGGAGUUUUUAUGACAAGUUCCCCAUUAUCAGGAGUCACACUAGACAUCAUUAGAGAUGUGGUCACACAGAGCCACUUUCAGUAUGUUAUCGUCAUGACAACAGUUAGUCCACAGCUGUAUACCUCAGCUCAAUCAAGCAGUGAUAAGGCCCUGGAGGAGCUGGAGGAACAAGUUCUUGAAUGGAUGGGGAAUAUGAAUUAUACAGCUGAGAUAACUCAUAUUCCCUUAUUUGGUGCUGAAGUGUGUCCGGGUUUGUUUAUCUCCCCUGCCUUCUCCCACCUCUUCCCCCUAUUGUCUACAGAUCUGAAUCAGAUAGCUUAUCAGUACAGGAGUGCUACUAAAGAUUCUAAACCUCUAGAGGAAUUGAAAGAUGUUGAGAUGCAUCAUUUACCGGAGAAACUGCAGUUUGAAUUAAAGUCUUUAGCAAGUGGACUCCAUGCUCUCCUCCAGUGUAUAGAUGUAAGGGAAGAUGUCUAUUUUAUUGGCAAUACAAGCAGACUUGUUGCUACAGAGUUGGAUGUUUAUCCUCCUGCGAGAGCUCGGAGAAAGACUGUCCAGAACAGGGCGUCCCUUGUGCUGAUAGACCGUAGCCUGGACCUGGCGACCUGCGUCACUCACCAGCUGGACACACUGCUGGACAAGCUGCUCAACACUCUACCUGCGCUACCUGGGCACCAGACAGACAGACUAGUUGACGUGCAUUCCCUCACCAAUGUCAUCUGCACGAACCAGUUCGCUAGAGUUAUCCUCCCUGGAAGUUUGUCCCCCACCUCUUGCUCUAGUCAACCCACUCACCUCUUGCCACUUGUUCACAAGAAGCUCAAGGAGGCGAUAUUAGAUGUGAACCGCAAGCUUGUUGAGGCAGCUUCUGCUGAAAAACUUCCAAUAAAUUUAUCUGGCAGGCCAGGCAGGGUCACUGCAGAUCAAUUAGAAUCUACAGCCUCUCUGUUUAAAGGUAAAUAUCCACUCAUCAUGAAGCACCUGGAUUUGCUUCAAGUUUCCAUGGCAACCAGCCAAGCUCUGAAGCAUCCAUCUUCUAGUAAAAACGACACAGCUGUACUGAUAGAAAAAAACCUGACCCAAACCAUCGCAGACUAUGUGGAUGAUACAACACCCAGUGCAAUAGCCUUGUUAUCUAAGCUGAUCUUGAAGGAAAUGACUAAACCAGCUAAUGAAAGAAACUUGACACUAGAUGAUGUCUUGUGUUUGAUCACCUACAUGUACGCUGUAUCUGAUGGGGAAUGUGGGGAUGAAGAGGAGGAAAAAACAUUGAGGGAACAGUUUGUUAAAUGGAUAUUAGAUGACACAGAUAAUCUGCCUCCACUGGUUAGACAGAUUGUUGGAGACACAGUAAACUCCAGCAUUUUAGCUGAUCUUAUAGAGAGGCUUUGGGAAAAACUGGAUGCAGUUGCAACUGCAAGGAGCGACUUACAACAAUUUAGAUCAGUGUUGGACCCAGGGGAUGAUAUGACACCCACCAGUGUCAAGUCUUUGGCACGUCAAAUUUUGGAGAAGAUCGUGGACCCCAGCAAGCCUGAUCUGUCAGAUAUUGAGUGCAAAUCUGGAGGGCUGAAGGAUCUACUGAAGUCAGGGUUUGGAUUUUUUAAAGGCUCAGGUAAGCCCCGACCUGGGGACACACCUCUACUGUUGCUGUUCUUCAUUGGGGGUGUCACAGCAGGGGAGGUGAAGCAGAUCAAAGAGGUGGUGGACAAGGCGAAACCACAGUUUGAGGUUCUUGUAGGCGCCACUAGACUGUCAAAUAAAGACACUACUCUAGAAUCCCUGUUUGUUGCAGAUAAUAUCAACUUUAAUUCCUAGCUCAUUUUUUUUUUCUCUUUCUUAGUUUAAUGUGAAAUUAUUGUUAUUUUUGUGUGUAACAAAUUUAAAUUGAGAUAACUAAUAUGUGUGAUAUAGAUAUUAUGUAUAUUUAAAUAUAUUUUACUUGAAGCUGGACAGAUAAUAACAUUUUUCAUUAGCAUUUGACUUGUGAUAUUACUUGUUGCUAAAUUACUUAACUUAGUGUCAUUGAUUUUAAAUGGUUGUUACAACUCAGUUUCUAACUGAUGUGUUGGAUGGUUGUUGCAUUAGCAUGGCUUAUGAAUUAUGGUGUUUGAUUAAUGUGUGGUUGUGGGAACUGGUGUAGGUAAGAAAAACUGUUUUUGUAAGUAAUUGUAAGGAAGACAAGUGCAGACAACUCCUGAAUGUUUUUAAAAUAUAAAAUAUGUUGGGUUAUUGUUCCUGUUACUUUUUUUUCAAGUAGGCUUUAAAAUUACAUCAAUUAAAAUAUUUCAU